CAUUUAGAUGGUUGUUAUUUUGAUAGGUUCUUGGAGGUAAACCCGGAAGGAAAGGUUCCAGUGGUGAAAUUUGAUGACAAAUGGGUCUCAGACUCUGAUGUGAUUGUUGGGAUCUUAGAGGAGAAAUACCCUGAGCCCUCUCUUGCCACUCCUCCGGAAUUUGCCUCUGUGGGCUCAAAGAUAUUCCCAUCUUUCGUCAAGUUCUUGAAGAGCAAGGAUCCCAACGAUGGUACUGAGCAGGCUUUGCUUGAGGAAUUGAAGGCGUUGGAUGAUCAUCUUAAAGCACACGGUCCAUUCAUUGCUGGAGAAAAGAUCACUGCUGUAGAUUUGAGCUUGGCUCCGAAGCUUUACCAUCUUGAGGUUGCUCUUGCCCAUUUCAAGAACUGGACUAUCCCUGACAAGUUGACACAUGUCCUCAACUACAUAAAGUUGCUGUUCUCCCAUGAAUCUUUCGAGAAGACGAAGGCUGCUAAGGAACAUAUCAUUGCUGGAUGGGAGCCAAAGGUCAAUGCAUGAAUUCGUUCCAAAUUAUAAGCUAUCAGAAUCUGGUUAUGUACUGUGCUUUAGCCUUCUCUAUCAGAAAAGGGCAAGAAAGAAAGAAAGUUAAAGAAAGUUGAGCCUGGUGUAUGUCAGACAUUUUAAAACCAAGCUGGUUGCUGUGUGUUCUAUCAUCUAAUAAAAUCUAUUAACCUAUCAAUGUGAAAUGGCUGGCAUUGUAUUUUUCUAGCAACGCGUUUCUGUUGUUUUGUUAUGAGAGCACUGGCUAAUGUCCAUUCUGUUAGUUUGCUC